UUAAAAGUAUUAGUGGAAGAGAAUAAAGGGGGAGGUUUUUGUAUUCUUUCGAAGCCUCAGAAACGCGAUCAUUCAUUGCGCUUAAAUUUUCAACGGUUUUAGAUCUAUUUUAUAGGUGGAAAUGAGCACAAAACAAGCCGUUAUUACAUUGCUUAAACAAGCUGAUGCAGUUUGCUUUGAUGUUGAUUCUACUGUGUGUAUUGGAGAAGGAAUUGAUGACUUAGCACUCUGUUGUGGAAAAGGACAACAAGUGAAGGAAAUGACAAGCAAAGCUAUGUCCGGAAACGUGGAUUUUAGAGAAGCCCUUAAACUAAGACUUAACCUGAUUCAACCUCACUAUGAUCAAGUAGUGCAAAUUGCCAAAGAACAACAUCUCAAGAUAACCCCUCAUUUAGAAACUUUAAUAAAGACCCUUCAUGUUCUAAACAAAAAACCAUAUUUAAUAUCUGGUGGAUUUGAAUCUUUGAUACAACCAGUUGCAGAUCACCUUGGAAUUCCCAAAGAAAACAUUUAUGCUAAUAAGCUUAAAUUUUAUCAUGAUGGAACCUAUGCUGGAUUUGAUGAAGAUCAACCAACUUCCAGAUCAGGAGGAAAAAGCAAAGUGAUUCAAACAAUUAGGGAAAAAUUUGGCCAUUCAAUUAUUGUGAUGAUAGGUGAUGGGAUAACGGACUUGGAAGCAUGCCCACCUGCUGAUGCAUUCAUUGGAUAUGGAGGCAAUGUCGCGCGAGAGGUUGUUAAAGCUAAUGCUGCAUGGUUUGUUACAGAUUUUCAAGAUUUGAUAAAUGUUCUUACAGAUUAACAUUGUCUACGAAAAUUGUCGUCUUCUUUGAACUAUUUGUUAUUGAUCUAAUAAUGCAGUUACUGAUUGCACUGGAUGAUAACCUAGUAAUAUACAUCGAUUACAAA